AUGAGGGGCAAUGGUAGCGCGCUGCUCAACGCCUCGCAGCAGGCGCCGGGCGGCGGGGAGGGCGGCCGGCCUCGACCCUCGUGGCUGGCCUCCACGCUCGCCUUCAUCCUCAUCUUCACCAUCGUGGUGGACAUCCUGGGCAACCUCCUGGUCAUCCUGUCGGUGUAUCGGAACAAGAAGCUGAGGAACGCAGGAAACAUAUUUGUGGUGAGCCUGGCAGUUGCAGAUCUGGUGGUGGCCAUCUACCCAUACCCUUUGGUGCUGACAUCAAUAUUUAACAAUGGUUGGAACAUGGGAUAUCUGCACUGUCAAGUUAGUGGUUUUCUGAUGGGCUUGAGUGUCAUUGGCUCGAUAUUCAGUAUCACUGGGAUUGCCAUUAACCGCUACUGCUACAUCUGCCACAGUCUCAAGUACGACAGGCUGUACACUAACAAAAAUUCCUUCUGUUAUGUAUUCCUGAUAUGGAUGUUGACAGUUGUGGCAAUUAUGCCCAACUUGCGAACUGGAACACUCCAGUACGACCCCAGGAUCUACUCCUGUACAUUCGCCCAGUCUGUCAGUUCAGUGUACACAAUAGCUGUGGUGGUUUUCCAUUUCAUCGUUCCUAUGAUCAUAGUCAUCUUCUGCUACCUAAGAAUAUGGAUCCUGGUUCUUCGGGUCAGACGGAGGGUGAAACCUGACAACAAACCCAAACUGAAACCACAGGACUUCAGGAAUUUUGUCACCAUGUUUGUGGUUUUUGUACUUUUUGCCAUUUGCUGGGCUCCUCUAAACUUCAUUGGUCUUAUUGUAGCCUUGGAUCCUGCCAGCAUGGUCCCCAGGAUCCCGGAGUGGCUGUUUGUGGCUAGUUACUAUAUGGCAUAUUUCAACAGCUGUCUCAAUGCAAUUAUAUAUGGACUACUGAACCAAAAUUUCAGAAACGAAUAUAGAAGAAUUAUAGUCUCACUGUGUACAGCCAAGCUGUUCUUUGUGGAUAGCUCUAAUGAUGUAGCAAAUAGGAUUAAACGCAAACCAUCUCCAUUAAUAACCAACAACAAUCUAAUAAAGGUGGACUCUGUUUAA